CGAGGAUGCAUACGCAAAGCUGGCUCCUGAACUUAAUGGAGAAAAGAUUAUUUCAGUCGCCAUCAUGGGAAAGCGCUCGGGAAACAACUCUCUGAAAAACAGAACUGGGGUUGAACAUGUCAUGUGGCGAUAAAUUUUGCAUAUUAUUGAAAUAGCAAAUUGUUAUUAAUAAAUAAGUUGUAAGGUAACCUGGCACAGAACAUCAACAGGAGAAGCAGUUGGAGACGAGUUCAUAACUCGGCCACCCUUGACUUCGAAGCACACCUUUAUCGAACCCCCGGUUCCUUGUAAUCGUGUCAUCAAGUUUAAACAUCAAUUUUUGUAGUUACACCGUUCACAGACAAACGCACAGCGAGACGACUGGUGAAACGUAGAGGGCCGCACACUUAACCGGCUCCUGUCCACCUGCCAGGGGCAUAGGUGAGGAGACAGUGUCUAGUUUCAUAUAUGCGAAACUCGACGGUACCGCCCCUCUCCAUUCUCCAGCCCCAGAACGCGGCGGAUCGCGAUCGAGCUGCACUCGCCCUCGCAAUAUUUGCAGAUCCGUACUCUUGACAGCCAACGGCGCAAUCACAAGAGAAGCGUUUUUUUUGCGGGAGUUAAAUAAUUAUUUGAAAACGUAGUUACAUCGUCUGUUGCGAUUAUUGCAUAUACCAAUAACGUUACGCUUUUUUUUUAUUUUAACGCCUAGCUCCGAGCUAAGCAUAGCGACUUGCAAAGAUGAACCCGCAGUGUGGCAGAUGUAACAAAGUCGUGUAUCCCACGGAAAAAGUGAACUGCCUGGACAAGUACUGGCAUAAAGCAUGCUUCAGCUGCGAAAUCUGCAAAAUGACUCUAAACAUGAAGAAUUACAAAGGCUUUGAGAAGAGACCAUACUGCAAUGUACACUACCCCAAGACCACCUUCACCAGUGUGGCCGAUACGCCUGAGAACCUCCGUCUCAAACAGCAGAGCAAAAUGCAGAGCCAGGUGCUGUAUAAGGAGGACUUUGAGAAGAACAAAGGGAAGGGCUUCAGCGUCGUGGUGGACACGCCGGAAAUGCAGAGGAUCAAGAAAACGCAGGAGCAGAUCAGCAACAUUAAGUACCAUGAGGAGUUUGAGAAGAGCCGAAUGGGAGGAGAGGCUCCACAAAGCCCGACUGCAGGGUAUAACCAGCAGCCCUCCCCUGGCUACCAGUCCCCCACCAGCUACCAGCCCUCCCCCGGGUUCCAGUCCCCCACCGCCUACCAGCCCUCCCCCGGGUUCCAGUCCCCCACCCUCUACCAGCCCCCCGCUGAGCCCGUUCGCCAAGCUGCGGCUGCGCCCGCGCCUUCACCUGCGCCUGUACCGCCACCUAGUGCUGGGAAGCGGUUUCGGGCCGUGUACGACUACACGGCGGCCGACGAGGACGAGGUGUCGUUCGCGGACGGCGACGUGAUCGCGGACGUGCAGCAGAUCGACGAGGGCUGGAUGUACGGGCGCGUGGAGCGCACGGGCCAGCAGGGCAUGCUGCCCGCCAACUACGUGGAGGCCAUCUGAGGGAGGGAGAGGGGGAGAGGGGGAUAGAGGAGGAGAGGAGGGAGGGAGGGAGAGGAGGAAAGCCCCGUGCCAUCUCGUUUUAAAACACGCUUUUUGUCUUUACUUUCGCCGCUCGGUUCGUUCUGGUUCUCUCCGCGCCCCCGAAAAACCGCUCGGUCGCAUCCGCUACAUCCCCACCCCCCCACCGUCCUCCCGCUGGCCUCCUGUACGGCAGGGCGUCCGUCUGUCCGUCUGCGUUUGCCUGUCGGUCCGGCUCAGAGGUGACACCUUACAGUCUUAAUGCACACAGAGAUCUUUCAGCUUAAACCCCGCCCCCAAAGCACUUCCAACUGCCACACCUACUCCGAGGUUAAUGAAAGUCUUAAACGCGAUCAGGUGACCGAUCUCCCUGUCAACCAACAUGCGGUUGCCGUGACAGAAGGGGGGUUUGUGGAGGGGGAGCGGUCCUAGAAAUUCUCCCACGGGGACAGCGCAGGUCCUGCAUUCGCAAGGCAUCUCGUGUAGGGGUGCGUUUCCAGGAUCAGUUUUGGCUUUUGACUUUAAAUGCGUAAAAUUAGCAUGUGGGCGGGAGAAGACUGAUCUCAGGUCAGCCCUCCUGCUCCGAGACGCUUUCUGAAUACAGGCGCAGUUCCUGCCUCCCGGAAAAUUGACUAGCUUGCAGCUGUCUGUGCUAACACCCCCCCCACACACACACACACACACACACACCCCUUGCUGUGUGGCUAUUCUCCAAUCAGGAUCAAGCCAUUCAAACUAGUGGCUCAGCAGGGAAUCCCACCUAAAGUACUUAAUGCAUUCAUCACUUGUCUCCAUACAUUCCAUUCAUCCAUCCCGAUACCCCUUUGCUGCUGCCCGUCUAAUAGAAAGAUUUUAUAUAUUUAUAUCUCUAUCAACGGUCUU